GCUCUCGUGCCCUGGUUGAUUCCGUGUGCUCCAGGGACUCCGUACGCGAGCAAUGGACCCCAGGGAAACCCCGCACACCCUGUCCCGAUCUUCCCCGUUGCCACACGCCCUGCUUGGGGCGAUUGGAUCUCGUCCCAGAGCUUUGUCGUUCGCCGGACGCUGUUGUCGCCGUAAGAACUCGCAGAGCCGCGCCGCCUGCUCCACUCGAUUCCCUGCUCGAAGACGCCCUCGCCUGACGUCUUUGUGUUGCCAUAAACGCAGCAGAGGGAGAGGAACGAGCUCGACCGCCGCCGCCGGAGCCGCCGCGUUCAGGUCUUCACCGCCGCCGGCACGGUCCACCUCGCCGCCGUCCGACACCACCACCGCCUCCGCCACUCACCUCCGCACCCGUCCGUCACCUCGCCUUCGUCGGAGACCCACCGGAGGAGCGCCGCCGCCAACGCCCGAGACCGCCGUCGUUUUCCUCUGUUUUGGAUUGUCCGGAGUGCGACACGAGCUAUUGUCAGGAGUGUGACUUUCUGAACCAGAACCAAG